AUGGCGUCAUCCUCAACGUCAACACCUCUCCUCUACGCUUGCAUAGCCUACGAAACAACUAUUCUUACCGAGACGACCCUCUCACCCUCCUCGCACGCCUCCUCCCUCUCCUCCCUCGCCCUCCCCAAAAUCGACCACUCCAAGCCCCAGAAAGCCACCUACGCCCGCGAGCCAUACCACAUCCACUACCUGGCCUCGUCUGCCUCCGAAUACCCCGAUGAUGAAGCCUCUGCUGGCCGGCUGACCUAUCUCGUCAUCUCCCCCGACAAGACUUUAUACCGAGUAACAUGCUUCGAGUUCCUUACUACGCUGCGCACUCGGUUUUUGGCGCGUUUCCCUCCCGAGAAGCACGAUUUCUCUAAUUUCUUGCCCUACGGCUGCGCAGAGUUUGAGGGUGAACUGCGCAAGCUGAUGGCGGAGUACAGCCAGCGCGCUUUGGACGUCGAAAACAAUGGCGGUGACUCGAUUAACAGCGUGCAAAGGGAGAUUGAGGAUGUAAGAGGGAUCAUGUCGAGAAAUAUUGAGGGAUUGCUAGAGCGUGGGGAGAGGAUUGAUUUGCUGGUGGAUAAGACGGAUCGGUUGGGGGGAAGUGCACGGGAGUUUAGACUCAGGAGUAGGGGGCUGAAGAGGAAGAUGUGGUGGAAGAAUGUCAAGUUGAUGGGCCUGCUGGGAUUUGUGGUGGUGUUGAUUUUGCUGACGAUUGUUACGUCGGUGAAGGGCGGCGUUUAG